AUGGAGUCAUUCAUACAACAGCUCAUGCUAUUCCAGCAGCAGCAACAACAACAGCCUGUGUCGCGACUAGUCGCACCCACACAUUGGGCACCCCUUCCUGAACAGUUUCAUCAGCCUUCCACUUCUCCAGCAGCUAGGCGUCUACAUUUUACCAGCCGCGCCCACGCCCAUCAGCUACAAGCUAGCAACCCCCCCAACACCGACUGGCUUUCCCCCCAGACAGACUGCACUUUCCCCACCCAUCCUGCAGCCCACGCCCACUACCUCCGCCUCCUAACCAGCGCCUUCCUCUGCACACUCACCUGUCUCGACAAACGCACAGACACACCCUUCAUCACGCACUGGACCCCCACACCCUUCAAACCCUCCCCCAUCAGUCCCUCAAAAGUCGAACUUACAUGUCGACGCCUCCUCUCCAUCGCCAUCGCUCUCCACACUUACGGCCCGUCGUCACUAUGCAUCUAUGACGCCGGGCGAAUGCAAAAUGUGGUCAAGACGAAUAAGAUGACGUUUGCAGAGCGUAUAGGCCAGCUUUGUGAGUUACUAAGGCUGAGCAAAGCAAGGUGUGUGACGUUGAUGAAGGGGGAAGGUUUGCAUAUGUGUGUUGCGGCGCCGGGUAUUUUGGUCAAGCGUACGCGUAUGAAUCAUACGCAGAAUGAACGGAGGCAGAAGGCGCUGGUACGGGGAAGGAAGCGGACGGUGGGGGAGAUGGAGGUGGAGGAUGAGUAG